AUGAAAAUUGAAGGCCGCAAAAUCCAAAAAAGGAAACUACCCUUAGGGUUUCGAAAACGAUAUCGAAGAUAUUAUAUAAUAAAAUAUUUAAAUAAAAGGUUUUUAAAAGAUAAAAAAAGAAAUGAAAAUAAAAAUGAGAAUGAGAAUGAAAAUGAGAAUGAAAGUGGGAAUGAAGAAGAAAGCGAUUGUUCUAGUGAUACAAAUGGACCCGAAAGUUUUGAAGAAUUAGGCAUUGAUGAUUGGUUAAUAAAAAUAAGUAAAAGUGUUCAAAUAAUAAAACCAACAAAAAUUCAAAAAUUAUGUUUGCCUUUAAUUAUUGAAGGAAAAAAUGUAAUAGGGUCAUCUGAAACUGGAACUGGUAAAACGAUUUGUUAUUGUUGGGGUAUGUUACAAGAACUAAAUAAAAAUUUUUAUGGAAUUUUUGGAUUAAUAAUAUUACCAACACGUGAAUUAGUUUUCCAAAUAGUAGAACAAUUUCAUUUAUAUGGAAAUAAAAUAGGAAUAAAAAUUUUGUCAUGUAUUGGUGGGUUUUCUUUAAUUGAGCAAAGAAGAAAUAUUUUAAAUAAACCUCAUAUAGUUGUUGGUACACCAGGUAGAGUUAGUGAUAUAUUAGAUGAUUGUAUAGAUGUAAAAAAUUGUUUUAAAAGAUUGAGAUUUUUAGUUUUAGAUGAAGCAGAUUUACUUUUACAAAAAAGUUUUGAAGAUAAAUUAAAAAUAAUUUUAAGUAAUAUUCCAAAAGAAACAUUUGGAGAACCACGACGAACUUUAUUUUUUAGUUCAACUAUUACAGAUUCUAUAAAUUUAUUAAAUAAAACAUUUCCUAAUGAUAAAUUAAUUUUAGUAGAUGCAAAUAAAAAGCAAAAACCUCUUAAAAAUCUAGACCAAAGAUAUAUAUAUAUAGAUUCAAUUGCUCAAAUAACUUAUCUAGUAUAUAUAUUAAAAAAUAAAUUAAUAGAUAUGUCAGGAAUUAUAUUUACAGCUAAUAGUUAUAAAUGUGAACUCAUAUAUAAUGUAUUAAACUCAUUAGGUACUUUUUCAGUAGAAUCUAUACAUUCUUCUAAAGAUCAAAGAAAACGUAUGUCUUCUUUAUUAAGAUUUAAAAACGGAUUCUGUAAAAUUCUAAUAGCUACAGAUAUAAUAAGUAGAGGUAUUGAUAUUCCUAAAGUUGCUUUUGUAAUUAAUUUUGAUUUUCCAAAUGAGAUUAUCCAAUAUAUACAUAGAAUCGGUAGAACUGCUAGAGCUAAUAGAAAAGGUUUAUCUAUCUCAUUUAUUGAUAAAAAGGAUUUGCAAUCUUUUAAUAAUGUUAAAAUAGCCAUGAAAAAUAAACUAAAACCAUAUAUAUUGAAUAAAAAUGAAGUAUUGGCUGAUAUGCUCAAAAUAGGAAAAGUUGUAAAAAAAGUAGAGAUGAUGCUUCAAGAAAAAAAAGAUAUUAAAAAGGAAAACGAAGAUUUGAAAAAUUCUAUUUAUCUCGAUGAAUGA